AACACUACACCACCCUAAAAUUCCAUCUGCAGCUUUCAACAAACUCUUCAAUUUUGAUCAUGGCAUACUCGACCCCAGCAAUCCGCCUUCUGGCGACAACUCUUGUUGUCGUCCUUUUAAUCGCACCGGCAACCGCUAUCACAUGCAGCGACGUGAUCAAGGACCUGCAGCCUUGCGUUAACUAUCUGAAGAGCGGGAGCGGAGCGCCACCAGCCGCAUGCUGUGCUGGGGCCUCAAACCUAGCGUCGUCCGCCACGACCACGGCCGAUAAGCAGACUGCUUGCAGCUGCCUCAAGACUGCUGCAAAGAACAUCAGUCUCAAGCCUGAGUUGGCAAAGUCUCUGCCUGGGAAUUGUGGGAUCUCCCUCCCAUUUGAAGUCUCACCCAAUGUUGAUUGCUCCAAGAUCAGUUAAACUGCUGGACAAUGAGAACGUCGGGUGUACGCGUUUCUACGGUAUGAUCAUCGAGGCAGGACGACCAACACAUAUAAUAACCUCGGAUGUUACUUAUCCUGAGUUUAAUUGUAUUUGUUUCAUAUUCGAGUUUCUACUAUGUCUGGUGUUUUGUGUUGAAUAAAUUGCAGCUUCUCCUCUGUGGGGAGAAUUUGUUCGGAGAUACCUUAUGUUGUCGUAUGUGUUAUUUCUGCUGGUUGAGUACUAUUACUAUAUUGUCUAUGUACUAUGAAAAGAAAUGUCUGAGGUUUCUUCUAUU